UAAACUCAACUGUCUUUCUUCAUUCAACUUUCAAGUUCAUUGAAGAUUUGUCACAAUGUCAGUCUCACAGUCUGCUUUGGCCUUUGCAGUUUGCUCAAUAUUUUUCUACGUUUUUGUUUUCUUUCUUUGACAAACUGAUGCACACUUCUUGGACAUCACUCACAAUACAUCACUUGUGCAGUUCUUGGACCUUCAAAUGAACUUUAGGACCAGAAAAGUCUAAAUUUUUUAUUUUUAAUGUACAUGCUCCCCUUAACUUAAGCUUAACUCAUAACUGACAUCUGUUAACUGUCUGAUUUACAUGCUCCCUUAACUGUGGAAUGUUUAUUUUUGCUUAUAAUUUUACUAGAAUUUCAUACAAUAUUCCAAAUUGUUGACCUUUUAUUAAUUUAAUAGGCAUUGUUUAAUUUUUGGAUUCCCAAUCCCAAAGCAAUUACAAAUUACAAUUAGUAAGAGGCUAAAACUCCAGAAGUUGUGAGCAGAUCUUUGCUGAAAAAUGGUGGCAACACUUCGAGAGAAGCAGCUUGCUUCUCUUCACAACAUGAUCCAGUUGAACAGCAACUCUGCCAAUAGCAAUGAAACUGUCUUCUCUGUCUUGAUAUAUGACCGCCAUGGACAAGACAUCAUUGCACCUCUCAUCUCUGUCAAACAACUCAGACAGUUGGGUGUCACAUUGCAUCUCUUACUGCAUAGUGAAAGAGGAGAAGUUCCUGAUGUUCCUGCAAUUUACUUCUGCCAGGCCACGGAAGAGAACUUAAUACGCAUAUCCCAGGAUCUUGCUGCAGGGCUCUAUACUACCUACUACUUGAACUUCAGCACUCCCAUCAGCAGGCACAAGAUGGAGGAUCUUGCCCAGGCUGCUCUCCUUGCUGGAGUACAGGCUGAUAUAAAGAAAGUUUAUGAUCAAUUCAUAAAUUUCAUCUCACUUGAAGAAGACAUGUUUACUCUGAAACACCAAGGAUCAGAAGCAAUAUCUUUCUAUUCCCUGCACAGGCGCGACGUCCAGGACGCUGACAUUGAGCUCAUCAUUGAUGCAAUUGUGGAUGGACUCUUCUCUGUAUUUGUCAAUCUGGGUCAGGUUCCAAUUAUCAGGUCACAGCGCAACAACGCAGCACAGAUGGUGGCAGAGCGGCUGGACCGGAAGUUGCGUGACAGUCUAAAAGACACCCGCAACACUUUCUUCAAUGCCGUGCCUUCGCAGGGAUUCCAAGCAGGGCACCUCAAUUUCCACCGACCGCUGCUGGUGCUGGUGGACAGGACGAUGGAUUUGGCGACGCCGCUGCACCACCCGUGGACGUACCAGGCUCUGUGUCACGACCUCCUCGCGCUGUCUCUCAACAGAGUCUCGUUGCAACUUACUGAGCAACAUGCACGACAGGGCGCCAAACCGAAGCAUGGAGGCAGCAAGGAGUAUGACCUGGGAUCUGACGAUGCAUUCUGGAACACUCACAAAGGAAGUCCGUUCCCAAACGUGGCGGCGGCGGUUGAGCAGGAGCUGGAGGACUACAAGGCUGCCGAGGGCCGCAUCAAGGGCCUUAAGAGCGACCUGCCCGAGACUGCCGACGACGCCGUCGACCUGCUGCUGGCGGACAACACUGCAAAGCUCACCUCGGCCAUCACCAGCUUGCCCGACCUCCUCAGGAAGAAGGAUAACAUAGACAAGCAUAUGAGCAUCGCCAUGGGUCUCUUGGAUCACAUCAAGAAGCGUAAAUUGGACGUUUUCUUCGAGGCCGAAGAAAAGAUCAUGGCUCGAGCUACUCUGGAUAAGCCAUUGACUGAUCUGCUCGCAGAAGACGGAUGCGGUUCUGCUUCCGACAAACUACGUCUUUUCCUUAUCCACUACCUCUGCAGCAGCAAUACCAGCCACUCUAAUGCCCCGGGUGGCAGUGGCAGCAACAACAGCUGCAGCGACGCAGACAUGACAGCGAUGCUGGAAGCCUUGCAGGCUGCAGGGGCUGACCUUAAGCCAGUAAACUACAUGAAGCAAUGGCGAAACAUCAUGAAGCUCAGUAGCGGCGCGUCUCCGGAGUAUGGAGGUGGCGUGACCAAGACGGUGUCGAUGUUCUCGAAGCUCCUCAACCAUGGCUCGGCUCUCGUCGUGGAGGGCGUCAAGAACUUCGUGCUCAAAGAGAACAAGCUGCCGGUGACUCGCAUAGUCGACAACCUGAUGGAGCUGCGGUCGUGCGAGGAAGACAAGAGCUUCUGCUACCACGACCCUAAGUUGCUGCGACCACAGGACGCCAACAGUGCCUCCGCCCGCGCACGUACCCCAUUCCAGGACUGCAUCGUGUUUGUGGUAGGCGGCGGCUGCUACACGGAGUAUGCCAACCUGCGCGCCUAUGCUGGACGGAAGGCGUCAGCCGCGCCUGUGUCGCGUCGCGUGGUCUACGGCUGUUCCGAGCUGCUCAGCCCUGAGGGCUUCCUCGCGCAGCUCUCGAAGCUUGGUGCUGAGAUCGGAUCGUGAAGGGAAGACAACCACGUGUAAUCGAAAUUAUUGGGCUCUUCUAUUUAUUUUAUUGAUUUUCAUGGCUUAUUGAGGAUGAUCUUUUUUCAUUUGAUUUAUAUUGCGUUCUAGAUUUACAAAACUAUUAUAUUCUAUCUCCAUUCUUGGUUAACGAAACAAGGUUAUAAUACACGAUUCCAAGAAAACAAAUAUUAUUUACCUUAAAAAAUGGUAAGGCACAAUGCUAAAUACAAUUAACGUAACCGUUUGUCAAUGACUAAGGGUGUAAUUUUUUUAACGCUACUUCUUCCAAUGUUGAUUAAUAUUGAGUAAAGCUCUCCUUAUUAAGUAGCAUUGCAAAAUUUUCUAAACCUAAUCCCACACCGAUGUACAUUAUAUAUAUGCAGCAUAACAAACAACAACGCCUCCAAUUUGCUCGAGCUAAUUUGCCCAACCUAUGAAAUUUUACUCGCAAAUUCAGUGUAAAUGGAGAUUUAACGGCUACAUAGUUCAACAAAUGACUCCAUAACGUUGAGCAUAAUACGAACUUAUUUGUUAUUGUUAGCAAUUUGCUAUUCUUCAUUUGUUUGUUAAGCAAAUAUAUGAAUUAGGCAAGUU